CUCUGUGUGUGUGUUCUUCUGGGUGUGUGUGUGUGAGCUCAGGACGCUUGUUUCGGUUCGUUUGUCAUUAAAGACGCGAUAUGAAGAGAUUCUGACCACAGCAGCAGACCAUGACUGAUAUUCUGGACGAGGAGUAUCCGAUCUGACACUGAUGCUGGGACGAAAACCGCUGUUUAAUGUCAUAAAAAUGCGCUUUAAUGAGACGAAACUGCUGUCGGAGAGCUGAAGAUGCGAUUCAACGAGAAAGAGCUGGUGUUUCUGAGCCGCCAGCCGCCGGAGAGAGCGGCCGAGCUGGGCAUGAGAGGCCCGAAGAAAGGAGACGUUGUGAAGAGGCGUCUAGUGAAACUGAUCGUUAAUUUCCUGUUUUACUUCCGGACCGAUGAGGACGAGCCCAUCGGCGCUCUGCUGCUGGAACAGUGUCGCGUGGAGAGAGAAGACGAUCAGGUUUUCUCCAUCGUGUUUCUGGACGAGGCAGAGAGGAAGUAUCUGUUCGAAUGUGAUUCUCAGGAACAGUGUGAGGAGUGGAUCGACGCCGUCGUUAAAGCCAGUUAUGAAUUCAUGCGCAAGAACCUGAUCUACUAUCGCACGGAAAUCCACCGACUGACCGGCAAGGACCCGCUGGAGCAGUAUGGGAUAUCAGACGAAACACGCUUUCAGGUCAACAGUGGGCUUCCUCCGCCGCCCACAUAAACACACACUUUCUCUGCUGUUCGGGGUUCUUUCAGUCUGCCAGUAUCCAUUACUGUACAUUCUGUAACCUUUCACUUUAUGUGAGUUAUGGGGGAAAUAUGUAAUAUUACUGUAAUAAAUGUAACUAAAAUGGGUCGCCUUUUAAAAACUUAUUCUGGCACCUUUAUUGUCUUUCAUAACUGUGAUGAUUGCAUUAUAGUUUCACUUAAAGUGCACUGAAGAGGUUUCGUAGCAUCCAGCUUUCAUCCAAAGCAUUAAAGCUUCCAGUCAAACAGACCAGAUUCAGUCAAAACAUGCAGCUGCUUUGAGUUUGUGCACCUGAAGCUGUAUCACGGUCUUAUUUCACCACAAAAUCAAAGG